AUGAAAUUGGGAAGUUCGGUCUUCGGCGUGUGCGAAGCGCCGGCUCGGUCGCGGCAUCCCGCCGUGACCAAGACGAUCGCCCGGCCCUGCGCCGGAUCAGCGCCGCUUCCCUCGAUCUCCUGCGGGCUGAUCCGGUUGCCGGCGACCUUGAUCAUCUCGUCAUCGCGCCCGACGAAGCGGAGCAAGCCAUCCGUCCCUGACGACAUUGUCCCCCGACCAGACCGCGCGAUCGUGGCCGAGCGCGGCCGGAAAACGUUGCGCCGUCCGCUCGGCAUCCUGCCAAUAACCCUGCGCGACCAGCGGCCCGGAAUGGACCAGCUCGCCCGGCUCCCCGGCGCGGCGCGGUUCCAUCGGGGGCGCAAUAUCAUCACCUCCCGCAAAGGGAAUGGCGCGCCCGAUCGCAUCGUGAUGGCAUCGAUCAGGGGCCGGGUCGAGAUAGGUGGACCGAAACGCCCCUGGUCAGCCCGUACAUGGCGUAAGGUCGGCCGCCGGGAACCGCGUCCGCAAACCCUUGACCAACGACGGGGUCAGCGCCCCCGGAAUUGGUCAGCCGCCAGCGGCGCGAUCGCCUCCUCGGGCCAGUCGAUGCUCAGCAACUGCGUCCAGCGGCGGCACUCCUGCCAGCGUGGUUGCGCCAUAGCGCCACCGCCUUCACCACGUCCUGCGGCGUCAGAUAGUCGAGCGGCGCGACCGCGCCGCCCGCCAGCGUGUCGAGAAGAGCUGAGGAUCGCCGCCAGCGCAUCGGGAUCGCCGUCCGAUCGAGGCAGCGCAUCACCCUCCCCAGCCUCGACCGUCAGCCCGCGUCGUCGCCGGCACAUCGCCCGGCUCCAGCGCGUGGCGGCGCGCGGGGCAUGGGUCAACAGCAUCGUCGCGCCGCUAUCGGCCAGAUAUGCGAACCUGCGCCCGCUUGAGCAGCGGGUUGAUCGGCACAUGGGACCAACCUGGCGCGUGGCGCAGCCAACGGCAUCAGCGCCGACAGCCGCGCCUGGGGCAACUGUGUCGCUACCCGCGCGCCGGGCGCGAAGAAGCUUGCGCCGCCAGCCAUCCCGCCAGCCGGGGCGACCAUCGUCUCGGCCUCGGCAAAGCUCAGGCCACCUUCACGGUCGAGGCCAGGCCAGCGCAUCACCGCCCCGCGCAGGACAUGGUCGAUCGGAUAGACGGUUGAUCGAGGGGGUCAUCCUCGCCUCUACAAGCGCGCGCAGGCGAAGUCGAGCGCCGGGACAGGGACGCCGUGUCUCCCCUGUUGCCCAAUGCCUGCGCGCGCUCUAA